AUGGAGACGACCAAGCUGCCUCCGUCCAGCCCGUCCUCGCCGACCACCAGCUUCUCGGUGCCCUCCGCGGAGAAGGUGGAUGGCUUCCCGCGGAGGUCCAUGCGCAGAGCCCGGCAGAGGAGGUCUCACAGCUCGUCCCAGUUCCGCUACCAGAGCUCCCAGGUGGAGCUGACACCGCUGCCCCUGCUCAAAGACGCCCCGGUGGCAGAGUUACACGACCUGUUCUGUAAGAAGCUGCAGCAGUGCUGCGUGCUGUUUGAUUUCCUGGACUGCGUGGCUGACCUGAAGGGGAAGGAGAUCAAACGUGCAGCGCUCAAUGAGCUGGUGGAGAGCGUUGCCACGAGCAGAGGAGUCCUCAUAGAGCCUCUCUACCCAGAGGCUAUAAAGAUGAUCUCGGUAAAUAUCUUCCGGACUCUCCCACCCAGUGAGAAUCCUGAGUUUGACCCAGAGGAAGAUGAGCCGACACUGGAGGCCUCCUGGCCACAUCUGCAGCUGGUGUAUGAGUUCUUUCUGCGUUUCCUGGAGAGCCCAGACUUCCAGCCCUCCAUGGCCAAACGCUACGUUGACCAGAAGUUUGUCCUGCAGCUCCUGGAGCUGUUUGACAGCGAGGACCCCAGGGAGAGGGAGUACCUAAAGACCAUCCUGCACCGUGUCUAUGGAAAACUACUGGGCCUCCGAGCCUACAUCCGCAAACAGAUCAACAACAUCUUCCUCAGGUUCAUAUAUGAAACUGAGCACUUCAACGGAGUCGCAGAGCUGCUGGAAAUCCUCGGCAGCAUCAUAAACGGCUUUGCUCUGCCUCUGAAAGCUGAACAUAAGCAGUUCCUGGUCCGAGUUCUCAUCCCGCUACAUACAGCAAAGUCCCUUUCCAUCUUCCACGCACAGCUGGCCUACUGUGUGGUGCAGUUUAUGGAGAAAGAUGCUACUGUGACUGAAUAUAUCAUCAGAGGGCUGCUCAAGUACUGGCCAAAAACCUGCACGCAGAAAGAGGUGAUGUUCCUGGGGGAAAUCGAGGAGAUUCUGGACGUGAUCGAGCCGUCUCAGUUCAUCAGGGUCCAGGAGCCACUCUUCAAACAGAUCGCAGCCUGUAUCUCCAGCCCUCACUUCCAGGUAGCGGAGCGGGCUCUUUACUUCUGGAACAACGAAUACAUCCUCAGUCUGAUAGAGGAGAACUGUCAAGUCAUCCUGCCGCUGGUAUUCGCCACCCUCUACAGAGUCUCCAAGGAGCACUGGAACCAGACCAUUGUGUCUCUGAUCUACAACGUGCUGAAGACCUUCAUGGAGAUGAACAGCAAGCUGUUUGAUGACCUCACUGCCUCCUACAAAGUGGAGAAACAGAAGGAGAUGAAGCGAGAGAGGGAGCGCGCCGAGCUGUGGCGAGGCCUGGAGGAACACCAGGAUCGCUGGCUGCAGAUGCUUACCGAGGCCGCCAGGAACCAGCGCAACCUCCAGGAGCGAGGCGAGAGAGGGGACCCGCCGACCCCUUCGUCUCCGCAGACGGCUCACACUGACCAGCCCGAGCCUAAGCCAAGCGGGGCCUCCUCUGGUGCUGGGGAGAGUGCCACCUAGACGUCGCCCCGCAAAGAUGAGAUAACACAGUGGUUAGGGGACAGGGAGAAGACAUGA